AUUUUUUGUUGUUUAUUUAAAUUUUGUAAAUAUGUAAAUAAUAAUUUGAAUAUAACAUUAACUGUUAAAAACAAUAAAAUUACAAAAAAAUUAAAAUCCUAACAAAAAUUAGUAAAAAAAAAAACAAAACACAAACAUAACCAGGAAUUGCUGUUUAUAUAAGUAGUUGCAACAAAAAUAUCCUUUAAAAGCAUUUAAUUCAACAAAAAAAUCUUUAAAAAAAAUAACUGCAAUAAUGAAAAUUUUUAGUCAAUUGCUAAUUUAAAUAAAACUUAUAAAAUAAGUGUUUUAUUAAAAAAAAAAAAAUUAUAUAUAAAUGUUUAAAAUGUAGCCUAAAAAAAUGUACGUACCCUUAGUAAACAUCUAGAAAAUAUAAAAUCACAAAAAAAAUAAAAUACUUUUUUUUAACUAAACAUUACUUAAGCUUUGGACCAAAAUAUAAAAAACAAGCAAAAAACAAGAACUAACACUUAGCAGAAAACCACUAUCAGAAUCACACAACAAGUUACAACCGAAAGCAUCAUUAAAAGUUUUUAAUGACAACGAUAUUUACGAAACGCUUAUUUUAGACUGUUAUAUAUAUAUUUCUAUAUUAUAUGUAUUUAUGAGUAUAUAUUUUUUAAACAAACAAAAGUACUUCCCUAUUAUAAUAAUUAAAAUAAUAAUUCCUAAACUUUAUAUACCUCAAAGUGAAAAUAUAAAAAAAACACAACCGUAAAAAGCCAACUAAAACCAAAAAAGACGAAAUGAAAAAAACAAACGCCUAAAGAAAACCACACAAACAGAUUCACAGCAGCACAAAAGGAUUUGAUACUUUUAUAAACUAAAACAACAACACUAAACAAACUAAGGACCUAAAUAAUAAAAUUAACAAACAAACAAGAAAAAACCCAACAAAAAAGAAAAAUAAUUACAAUAUAAUGUUGGGCAAUGUAAAUAUUAAUUUAAAGCCAACAACAGAUAUUUUAACGCUGGCAACAGCUACAACAACAAGAGCUUUACUAGAUGUGCGACAGUAUUUUAAAGAACGCGACAUUGUCGACUUGCGCACUUAUGGAUAUUUAAUCAACGACAGUUUUCUGCUCACCGAUUAUGAGGAAACAACAUUAACAGCAAGGCCAAAUAGUCUCGAUAUUGGUGGUAAUGUUGUUGGCUCUAACUUAGGUCAUGUUGUUGUUAAUACAACAUUAGAUGAAGUUGGCGGCAACAAUGGCAGUAGCGCACUUGGUGGUGUCGGUGUUGGUGGCAGCGAUUUUAAUAAUAAUUUCAAUUUCAUAAUCUUCAACCAAAGUGGUCUUAUUAAGAAUACAUCAAAUGAUAAUGACAGCAGCAGAGACGGUGUCUUUGCGGGUGUUGGCAUUGGCGGUGACGAGGUACUGCCAAUGCCCGAGGAUGUUGCUGUACUAUUGAAAAUGAUUAUCAUGUCAAUUGUUUUGGGACUAAUGAUACUUAUCACCAUAAUUGGGAAUGUCUUUGUAAUUGCCGCAAUUAUAUUGGAGCGUAACUUGCAAAAUGUUGCUAAUUAUUUGGUUGUAUCACUGGCUGUUGCCGAUUUAUUUGUUGCCUGCCUUGUAAUGCCAUUGGGUGCCGUAUAUGAGAUAAGUGAAGGCUGGAUAUUGGGACCAGAGUUAUGUGACAUUUGGACUUCAUGCGAUGUCUUAUGCUGUACAGCUUCAAUUUUACAUUUAGUGGCAAUUGCAACUGACAGAUACUGGACCGUUACCAAUAUUGAUUAUCACAAUUUGCGCACACCACGUCGUAUAUUUUGUAUGAUAUUUUCUGUUUGGUUUUUUGCGGUUAUUGUUUCACUAGCACCACAAUUUGGCUGGAAAGAUCCCGAAUAUAUGGAACGUAUUCAGCAGCAAAAAUGUAUGGUUUCACAAGAUGUCAUUUAUCAGAUUUUUGCCACCUGUUGCUCAUUUUAUGUUCCAUUAUUAAUGAUUUUAGUUUUGUAUUGGAAAAUCUAUAAAAUAGCACGCAAACGUAUACAACGUCGCACGCAACGUUUACGUUACAAUGAGAAAGUGGCCGGCAAGGAGGUGGAUUUUGAGGAAAAACGUAAAAGAAAACGAAUUAAAAUCUGCUUUAGUAAAGAUGUCUCCUCGGAAAAAUGUUUCAACUCAACGACGGGUGAUUCCCAAACAAAUAGUUCAAAUCCCAAUAUCAGAGAAGAAACUGAGUUUAGUACGAGUAAUUUUGAUAGUAAAAGUCAUGCGGGUACUGAACUAACUAAUAUCUCCGAUGAAAAUACCACCAGUAUGGCAGAUGAGCGUACGCCUUUAGAGAUUUCAACUGUAUCCCAGCAGGUUGCUGCCACAACCUCAACAUUUCAACAGCAUGUCACAGCCAUUGUGCUGACCUCCGCUACACCGCGCCUUGGUUCGUGCAAUAACAAACAACAGCAACCAACACAACAACAACAAUUAUUUCCAUCUUUACAACACACAACGAAUCCCCAUCAUAAACUGGCCAAACGUCGCCAACAAAUCGAAGCGAAACGUGAACGUAAGGCAGCUCAAACUUUGGCCAUCAUAACGGGCGCCUUCGUUGUCUGUUGGCUGCCCUUCUUCGUAAUGGCUCUCAUGUUGUCGCUGUGCAAAAGCUGUGAAAUUAAUGCAGCUGUCGCUUCACUGUUCCUUUGGCUGGGCUAUUUUAAUUCCACACUUAAUCCCAUCAUUUAUACAAUUUUCAAUCCAGAGUUUCGUCGUGCCUUUCAGCGUUUACUGUUUGGCAAGAAUUAUGUUGCCAGGAAAUGUAAACGUCGCAGCGGCAAUAUAUGAUCUUAGCUAAAAGGGGCCGCUGAGCCCAGUAUUGCAGUGGCUGGUGAUGAGUAUACAAGUUGUGCGUGAUGUUAAAUAUGAUCAAUAACUUUAUUUAAUAAAACAAACUUUUUAUAAACCAAUAAUAUUUGUCUUUAAAAUUGUUGAUAAAUAAAUUUUUAAAUAUUUUUUUUUUCUAAAAUAAUUUGAACAAAAACUGUGAGUAAGAGUAGAAAAUAAAGCACUUAAGGCUGAAAAUCUGGACAAUCUUAAAUAAAAAAAUGAAAAUAAUAAUAAUAAAUUUAAAUGCCUUCUCCUAAUUUCAAUUACAAAUAUUUAUGUUAUUUUGUAAAAUAUAUUAAAGGAUUUCGAAUAAAUGGAUUAUUAAGUAGGAAAUUUUAAAAAUAAUUUAUAAAUUAGUAAAAAAAAUUAAUAAAAAAAUUAUAUUAAGUUUAAUAAACAA